AGUUUCAUGAGUCAUGGCGGCUGAAAAAUAUGUCAAAUGUUGACAAAUCGAUCGAUUUAUUUUACCAUUUUUAUUAUUUGCUUCAUUGAUUCAAUCAAUUGUUCAUCAAUGCUCACAAAAAAAUACUAAGCACCAUGACGGACCGCUACAGUGAUUACAAAGGGUCGUCUCGAUCCACGCGUGAUGAUUCUAGGACGCACCGAGAGAGUGGGCGGGACGGUCGGGACAGGAGGAGGUCGCGAUCGAGGUCGCGCUCUCCGCGAAGACGAUACUCCCCGGAGCCCCGCGGGAGUCGCUACACCCCUGAAAGAUCUUCAAAGAGCCGUGACAAGGAUGAACGCUAUGAUGACAAAAGACAUCCCCAACGCUCAAAUGAUUGGGAAGACUCUGACGAGGAAGUGCCUGCGCCCCCGCCGCCGCCUCGCAUCACUAAAAUCUCCAUUGGUUUCUCAAAACCUAAGGAACCCAUCAAAAUGACUCUAGGUGGUGCUCCAAAGCCCAACAUGGGGAUUAAGAAACCCACAGUUGCUUCUGUGUUCAACACGGAUGAUGAUGAUGAACCAGAAGAGAUGCCAGCAGAAGCUCGCAUGAGAAUGAGGAACAUUGGCAGAGAAACACCUACAUCAGCAGGCCCUAAUUCUUUUGGAAAGACCAAACAAGGUUUCUGUGAUGCGAAAAAAGUAUUUGAAAAGAACUUGAAGGAGGCCCUAGAGACAAAUAAUGACAAAGCUGUGCCGAAGUUCCCACAAACCAUCUACAAGAUAAAGGGCCCUUGAUAGACAUAGCUUAGAGAUUAGAGAGCAGGAUUCAGAUAUUGUUGCUGAGUGUGACUAACAGAUUUAUAUUUACUAUUCUCUCUAACUUUCAGUGUUUCCAGUUUGCACUUAGCUCUUUGUCUGAAUCCUGUAUUAGUGUAUCAUUAUGUGGGGAGUAAAUGUAAACUUGGUUGUAAACAUGUCUGACUAUAAUGGAUCUUAUCAAUUUAAUUUCAAUUAUCUGAAAAAUAGAACUUAAUAAUUUCUUUUCAACAUGUACUUACAUCUUGAACAGUCUGUUUAUAACUUUUCAUUACAACUAGUUGUUAAGUAUGUAGUUUAAACUUUACCACAUGGUUUUGUAAGCCCACAUUUGUUGUGUAGAUUGUAUUAGAUGUAAUUAGAUAACCCAUGCUUCUUAUGUUGAGCAUUAAUCUUUAAACAUGGUUUUUGAAAUCAAAAAUU